AUGGCAGUUCUUGCAGGUAUCGUGGCUCUACUUGUUGCCACUCCGGCAUUCGCUAUAGAUGCAGCUGUUACUAGCUUAUAUGGCGGUGAAGCAAUCGCAUGCUCGAAGUUGAAGUUUCGAUACCCUCAGUACACAUUUUUCCCCGGCACAUCAGGCUACGCAUACGAAACACGAACAUCUUACUGGUCGGCGACAACCUUCAGCUCACCAGCGUGUGUCUUUGUCCCACAAGACGUUCAGCAGGUUUCCUAUGCGGUCACCACAAUAACUCUCACCCUGUCCAAAUUUGCCGUCCGGGGUGGCGGUCACAUGCCGAUUCCUGGAUAUAAUGGAAUCGACGGUUCCGGCAUACUUCUGUCGUCUUCGAACCUUACUGCGUUGUCCCUCUCCCCAGAUAAAUCCACCGUAUCUGUUGGCCCAGGAAAUCGUUGGAGAGACGUUUAUGGCUAUCUUAAGCCAUCGGACCUCGCAGCUGUUGGAGGCCGCGUGGGUCAUGUGGGUGUCCCUGGCUUGCUGCUUGGUGGAGGUAUAUCGUUCUACUCCUCCCAGUACGGCUUCGCGUCUGACAAUGUUGUCAAGUACCAGUGUGUCUUGUCCAGCGGUCUCGUUGUGGAGGCAACGGCGACUAAUGCCUACUCCGAUCUCUUUUGGGCUCUGAGAGGCGGUGGAAACUCAUUUUGCAUCGUUACCCGAUUCGACCUGAAGACAGUACCAUCUAGCAAAGUCUGGAUUGGUAUCGCGCAAUUCGGCCAGUCGCAAGCAGCAGGCCAUCUGGAUGGGGUUUAUAACUUCGGAAAAUACGGCGCCCCUUCGGAUCCAAAAGCCGCCAUUAUUCCCACUGUUCUAACCUUCCCUGCCUCGAACCUUACAAUCUACGUAGCAGCGAAGUUUUACGACUCCCAGACAGACAGUCCAAACGCCUUCGAGAACUUUACUGCCCCAAAACUCACACCCGUAGCUGAAUCUUACUCGUUACAGCCGUUGUCAGAUUAUGUCGCUUCGACAGAUGCCUUGCAGCCUCUUGGUCUACGUCAAGAAUUCCGCACCCUAUCGUCUAUAGUGCACCGAGACGCCGUUCAAAUCAUCCACGAUACCUUCCUCUCCGGCGUAAACUUGAAGCUAUCAACCGUCAAAAAUCUUCAAGCUUCCUUCACCUUCCAGCCAGUGACCAAGGACUUUCUCUCUCACAGCGCCAAAACUGGAGGCAAUCCGCAAGGCAUCGACAUAACCAAGGCGCCGUAUUUUUGGAUAGUAGAGAACUGGACAUGGACUGAAGCUAGUGAUGAUACACUCGUGCGCACCGCUGCCGAUCAAAUCACCGCAGACAUCAAUCAAUUGCUUCAGGCGCGUUCUUUUAACGCUCAGUACCUAUACAUGAAUGAUGCAGGGAAGGGCCAGCCAGUCUUCCAGAGUUAUCCUGCUGCCAACCUGAGGAAGUUGAAGGCAAUCCGUACCAAGUACGAUCCUUUCAAGAUCUACACGAACUUGCUGCCUGGAGGAUGGAAAGUGGACAAUGCAUAA